GUGUCUGUGAGGGCUGGCAGCAGGCACGGGCAUUGUGGAGCUGUCCUGAGUGGCACAAGAGCUGCUACAGCUGCUCUGUGCUCUCCCCACAUCUCCAGGGAGUGGCCCUGACACCUUGGGAGAUGAAUUAAAAUGCAGCACACCACGUGCACAGAGGACAGGAUCUACCACGCUCUGGAAAGGUGUCUCCACGGCCUUAGCAGGGAUGCUGUGUCCAGCAGAUGGGCUGCUGGGCUGUGCCUGAACUGCUGGAGCCUGCAGGAGCUGGUGAGCCGGGACGCCAGCAACUAUCUCAUCCUGGUGGAGAAGAUCCUGGGCAAGACCAAAGAGGUGCAGGAGAGGUGUGACUACGACCUGGUGAUGCCCCUGGCUCUGCUCUUCUACUCGGCCGUGCUCUAUGCUCCUCACUUCCCACCUGGCUCUGACCUGCUCCUGAAAGCUGCCAGUGUUUACCACAGCUUCCUGACGUGGCCUGUGCCCUACUGUGACACCUUCCGGGAGCUGCUCACCUUCAUCAGCAAUGAGCUCAAGGCGCCAGGGAUCACGUUCCAGAGGCUGGUGAGGACAGAGCAGGGGCUGCCAGUGAAGAACUACCAGAGCUCCACAGUGACGGUGCUGCUGCUGAAUCGCUCGGAGGUCCAGAGCGAGUUCCUGUCCAUCGCCGAGAAGCUGAGCUCCAGUGAGGCCCCCCAGCACUCCACACUGGUGCUGCUCCUCCAGCACCUCUACCAGGCCAACUUCGGCACCUGCUGUGACCUGGACAGGCUGCAGCACCUGCUCAAGUCCAAGCCCCUGGAGGAGCUCUCGGAGCUCUACGCCAGUGCUGCCGAUGCACAGGAGGCGGCGGCUGCCAGCAGCGACCCUGCACUGGCCCGGGAGCGGCUCCAGGCCAUGCUGCGUGACAUUGCCGGGGCUGCCUCCCUUCCUGCCAUUGCAGGCGAGGCCCAGCCCCGCAAGCUGCAGCCCAUCCCUGUCCCCCCUGCUCGCUGCUACACCUACAGCUGGGACCAGGACACCUUUGACAUCCUCAAUGAUGUCCUCAGCAAGGAGUGCAGCAUUGCUGAGCCCCUGGCCUCAGAGAAUGAGGAGGAGGAUGAGGAUGAGGAGGAUGUGGAGACUGACGGUGGCUCCCCCGAGCAGGACUCGCUGCUGUCCCCGCUCUGUGCCAUCUCCAGUGACUCGGUGUGCUCCGUGCUGUCCGAGGAGAGCUCCAAGCCAUCACAGGUGUCCCUCUUCGCCUCCUCCAGGGAGUCCAUCUCGGAGCUGACGGUGGUCUCCAGGAAGUCCCUGAAGUCGUUCGUGUCCAGCCUGAAGGACUGCAUGGACAGUGGCUACGCCGAGGACAGCGACGAGAGCUCUCUGGACACGGUGGCCAGGACGGACAGGCCGCCCCCCAGGCAGCGGCAGUCGCUGACCAACAGGCUCUACAAGCUGUUGAAGAACAAGAGCCAGCAGCUGGUGCAGCGCCGGGAGCCGUGCCCGGGGCCGUGCUCGCUGUCGCUGCGGCGCGCCGAGAGCCUGUGCGCGUCCCCGGCCCGGCCGCGCGUCNGCGCCUACCGCGACCUCAGGCUCAAGGAGAGCUCCUGCCCCUCGCUGACACGGUACUUCAGGCUGCUGUUUUUCUACAUCCCCGUGAAGAGGAGCUGUGCGGCUCCAUCCACCCCGCAGAUGCAUCAUCACCCCUCGCUGGCCCUGGGGGACCCCCUGCCCCGGGCGCUGGACCCCUCCCUGGCUGGGAUGGAGGGCAGCACCAAUGACAUCUCGCACUACAUCGGCCUGCUGGACCCCUGGUAUGAGCGCAAUGUCCUGGGGCUGAUGAACCUGCCCAUGGAUGUCCUGUGCCAGUGUGCCAAGCCUGAGGCUGAGCCCCAGGAGGACUCCCAGGAGCAGCUGCCCAUCUUGGCAGACAUGAUCCUCUACUACUGCCGCUUCGCCACACGCCCCAUGCUGCUGCAGCUCUACCAGACCGAGCUCACCUUUAUUGGGGGGGAGAAGAGGACCGAGGUCUUCAUCCACUCGCUGGAGCUGGGGCACUUGGCAGCCACGAGGGCCAUCAAGGCCUCAGGUCCAGGCAGCAAAAGGCUGGGAAUAGAUGGAGACAGGGAAGCAAUCCCACUGACACUACAGAUUGCAUACAGCAAGACAGCUGCCAGUGGCAGGAGUCACUGGAAUGAUGUGGAGAAGGUCUGCACAUCUGUCAACCUCAGCAAGGCCUGCAGGAAGCACGAGGAGCUCGCCUCGAAGACAGAAUGUCUCAACUUAACCAUGACCGAGGUGGUCAAGAGGCAGAACUCCAAAUCCAAGAAAAGUUUCAAUCAGAUCAGCAUGUCCCAGAUCAAAGUGGACAAGGUCCAGAUCAUUGGGGUCCAGUCCUCCUUCGCUGUGUGCCUGGACCAGGAUGAGCAGAAGAUCCUGCAGAGUGUGACCAGGUGUGAGAUCUCCGUGUGCUACAAGCCCAGGGACAGCGACCCUCUGGCACCCAGAGGGUCCCCAGUGCCCCCCCAGGACCCCUCUGAGUUCCACUCCCUGCUGUGUUUGCCCAUUGCCACCUUCAGUGGGGCACUGCCAUAGAGGGGCCGUGUCCCUCCAGACCAUCCCGCACCAAUCCAGUGAAGGGAAGGAGAAGGAUGCCCAGCCCUGCUUGGCCAAGAGCUGCUGCAGCUGAAGAGUUGUUGUGUUGGGGUGGUGCCUGCUCCUGCUCCUUCCCUCCUUGGGAAGUGGGAUUGUCGUGCUCUGGUGUCACUGGGGGACUCCUCAGCAAGGGGGGGAAGGUGGUUCCUGGAUAUCUCCCUGUGGAUCAGCAGAUGUCAACACCGGGGUGGGAGGGCAGGGCAAGGACAGGGAUGUUCCCUGGCAGAAAAUGGUGCAGGUGAGAUAUGGGGGGGGAUAUUUGGGAAAAGGAAUGUCCUUGGCUCAGUGGUGUCAGGUGUCCGUCAGUGCAUGGGAAUUACAGCUCCCAUUGUGUUGGUGAAAUACCAGCCCAUGUCCUGGUGGUAUUUCACCUGUGAGGUCAGGGAUGCUCAGUACAGUUUUUUGGGAUGGGGGGACAGGUUUCCCAAGGUUUCCAUUCCCUUCUGGAGGCUGUGUGUCCUGCAGGGAAACAGAGCAGGGAUCCUGCAGCACGGGCUGCCUGUGUCCAGGGAAUUGAGUGCAAUAGGGCAUCCCAGGGCAAAGACAGCUGGUGGAUCCAUGUAUUUCCUGUACAUCCAGGAGAGGAAUUCCCAAUUCCUGCAGGACUCCAGCACUGACCUGUACUCUGAGUCCAGGAGCAUCCUGCUCCCAGCACUGUGUGCCAGAGCCAGCCCAGGGCUGAGCCCUCUUUAGCUGCUGGAAAUCCAUCAGGAGCAGUGCUGGAUCUCCAGCAGGGAGGGAAGUACUGGGGAAGCACCAGCAUUGCCUCAGGUACCUGCAGGGUCACCUUUGCUGGAGAAGGACCCAGCACCAAACCCAGUGAGUAACACCUGCAAGUGACAGCAGGAUUUGAGAUCCUCCCCCCCACAAACACUCCAACCUCUUUCCCCUUUCUGCAAGGCUGUGGAUACAGAAAGGUGCAAUAUUUGAGGAUAUUUAGGAAUAGUCUGACCCUGUGAACAAAAACAUUAAGGCUGUUUCUGGGUGGUUUUUGGGGAUUGUAUCACUGCUAGCAGCACAAGAGCUCCUUGCCUGCUGCAGACUCAAAGGAGCUUGAUCCCAAGGUUCUCUGUUUCCUGGACAUGUCUGGAAGGGAGGCCUGGCACUGCUGGGGGCUGCAGGGCUCAGCCACAGUAGGGUCAGUUCAGGGGGUCCUUGAUCCUCCAGGAAACAGGACCUGGUGAGCUCUGUCAGUGUCCCCUAGGGCUGGUGGCACAUCAGCAGUGUCAUUUCAGGUUCAAUCUGCCAGGGAAAGUGCCAGAGCUCCUGGGGGUUCAGGUGUCUCAUCAGAGUGGGGGUCAGGUUUGUCUGCUGCAUCCCCCCAUCCCUGCUGGAAGUGUUGGGGAUCCCUCCUGUGGCCCUGACUCUGCUGCUGGCCACUGUCCCUUUGCUGGGGACAGCUUGGCCUGGCCCAAGGAUGAGCACCAUGGUCCCCAAGGUGCUCCCUGGUGUCCUCAGCAGCUCUGGGUGCAGCUCCCAUCAGGGACAGAGAUGAGGAAAUCUUAGAUGUGCCAGUGCUCCUGAGGCCUCUGCACUUCCCUGUCCUGCUUGAAUCCACCACCCCGGAUUGGAGCUGCCCUGGGGAUCAAGGAAAGCUCCUCGGGGGGGUGAAGCAUCCCUUGGGCACAAGCAGGAGCCCUGGCCCCGGCCCAGAGCAGAGCCAGGGUGGUCUCCCAGCAAAGAUCCCCCUUCUCUGGCCUCACAGUGGCUCCAGGAGCACCCAGCUUAUCCAAGUGCACGGAGCAGUGUCUGUCCUUGCAGGGACCCCCAGCACAGCCAGGCUCUGCUGUGCUGUCCCUGCUCCAGGAUGCCUGGGCACUCCUCUCCAGAACUAUUUUCAGCCAAAUAGGCUCCAAGGAUCCAAAUCUAAUUUUAGUGGCUCUUUUCAUGCACUUGGAAAAGGUUUUCUCAGCGACUUUUCCUUCCCAAAACAGUUUGUGGUGUGUUCUCUCCAGUGGGGCUGGAGUUUGGGCAGGUGGUUGUUUUUGUUCAGGGUUUUAAACCAGCACCUUACCCUGUCAAACACUCCUCUCAGGGAUCUUGGUAUCCGUGGCUAAAUCCAUGCCAGGACAGAAAUCCCUCUGGGUUCAGUUGGUCCUGCAGCAAUCCUGGAGAAGAGAAUUUCCACCCCAUAGAGAAAACCAAGCAUAAACUCCAGGCACUCAGAAUUCUGGAGAAGGUUUUGACCUCUGAUGCUUUCUGGAAAUGAAAGAAUUCCAGGGUUCUUUGGGGUCGUCUUUGUACAUUUGUGUAGCUUCAACAAAUCUGUGUAAAUUCUGUGCUGAUCUGUAAAAUAUUGUGCAGAGAACUUUUAAAGUAAUUGUAAAAUAUUAAAAGUUGGUUUAUUUCCAGUACAGGAGCAGUAAUUGGGUCAAGGAAUUCCUGGGUGGGUGGGAGGCACAGGAGGAGGCUCCAAAUCUUUCCAGAGGAGCUGACCUGGGAGCAGGAAAAGGCUCUGAGAGUCAUUUGCACCGGGAUUUUUCCUUCAGCUGCUCCAAAGGCUCGGGCUCACAGGUGGGGUAACCUGGGAUUAACCUGCAGGUACAACCUGCACAGUCUUUAGCAAAUAAGUUAUUUUUUUCCACCCUCACAGGAGAUGCUGCCCAGACUUGAACACUCCAUGGUUUAUUAUUAUCAUCUUUUUAUCUCCUUAUUAUAAUUUUUUUUUAAAGACAAAAAAAAAAAAAGGAAAGAAAGGGUUGGAGAUGACUCAGUUUAGAGAAAUGAAAAAGGCAACUUCAAUCCCACCAAACAAAGCUUGGCUUUCCCUCUCCCCAGAUCUUCUAUAUUUGCUGGAGCUGGACUAAAAAUAGACCUGGGCUGAAGGCCAGGGUAGAAAAUAGAGCCACAGCACCAAAAGUGUUUGGUUUGUGACCUGUUCCCUUCCAACCUGGAAGGAAAUCACCCAGGCCUAGGUUUGGCCAGGUGCCAGGGGUGGCUUUCCCUGCAGGAUGGGAGUGGGGCUCGGACAGCUCUGACCCCCCGCUCCCCUCGGCCCCAGCUGCUCUGAGAGCAACCCUGGGAGGGGGAACGGAGCGGGGAACACGUCCCUGAACAGUGGCCAGGGCAGGAGGAGCCAGCCUG